AUGUCAGACGGCAGUGACAGACAGUCCCGGCUAGGCUGGAUUGCGGUGGACCGAUUCCAACCUCAGGCCUCUGAAAAAUGGCAUCUGCUCAUGCUCUUAUCACGACGAGAGACGCUUGGGUGGGUGAGAGUAUGGCCCAUCAUCCCAAGACGAAGAAACGCCGUGUCACGAUACUGCGGAGAUAGGGAGCGGCAGGAAAAGAAUUGGUUGAUGCUACAUUGCACUUCCCUCCUUCCCACCCACCUUAUUCGUGCUGGGCUUUAA